CGAAGAUCUUGCUUUGUGGGUUGUGUGGGUCUUUUCUUUCACAUAAAAACAUCUAUCUUUCCUCAUUUCCCUCAUCAAGAAACCAAACCCACAAAACAAACCCAUCUUUUUUGGUUAAUUUCUUCAUCAUCUUCUUUGAUUUGAGAUCUGCAAAUCUUGUUCUAAUGGGUGUUGCAGCAGAUUCACAGUUUCAUGUUCUUGCUGUUGAUGACAGCAUCAUUGAUAGAAAACUGAUUGAAAGACUACUCAAAACCUCAUCUUUUCAAGUUACGACUGUGGAUUCUGGAAGUAAGGCUUUAGAAUUUCUAGGAUUACAUGAAGAAGAUGAUGAAAUUCAUAACUUAAAUCAACCCUCUGUAUCUCCAAAUAUCAAUCAGGAAGUGGAAGUCAAUCUGAUAAUUACUGACUAUUGUAUGCCUGGAAUGACAGGCUAUGAUUUGCUCAAAAAAGUUAAGAAAUCUUCAUCCUUCAAAGAUAUACCGGUUGUUAUUAUGUCAUCAGAAAACGUUCCUUCAAGGAUUAGUAGAUGUUUAGAAGAAGGAGCCGAAGAAUUUUUCUUGAAACCUGUUAGAUUAUCAGAUGUAAACAAAUUGAAACCUCAUAUGAUGAGAACCAAAAUCAAAGAAAUUGACCAUAUUGAUCAUCAAUAUAAUCAAGAACACGAAAAACAUCAAGAACAAAAUGUAUUGGAAACUAAAGAAGAUGAAUCGACACAACAAUCCAAUGGAAACAAGAGAAAAUCCAUGGAAGAUGGAGAUCUUACGAGACAAAACAAAACCCAAAUUCAAUGGUGGCCAUACUGUAGAUUUGACUGAUUGCCAAAUAGCUUCUUUUAAUUUGACUUUUUUUUCAACUUUGACUUUGAAUUACUUUUCUUUGACCCACCUUUUUUACUUUGAGGUUUGUAAAGAGC